AGCUGACUUCAACUUUGCCACCACUGGCAAUAAUAUAAAAUAUUUCAGGAUUUGUUUAUGUUUAAACUAUGGGCGGCACUAAAUGUGUUUUUCGAGAUUGUCCGGUGGGUUCAAACCGUUAUCCUAGCAUGCACUUCUUCAAGUUCCCGGUUAAAGAUCCAAAGAGGUUGAAGGACUGGGUGAGAUAUUGUGGAAACUCUGAUGUUUCAAAUGCGCCAGUGGCCAAACUGGCAGGAAAAACUGUGUGUGCCCGGCAUUUUCGCGCCGAGUCCUUCAUGAACUACAAAAUGGACAGACUUAUUCCCAUGCAGACUCCUACUUUGCUGAGGAUUAACCGGGAUCUGGCCCUGGACUUGGAGAAUCUCGACCAGAACGGAGAGGCACUCCUCGUCAAGCUGAAGCCUCCAACGCAAACACAUCUCAUACCGCCCAAGGACUUCGAGUGUCCCUUGGGAUUCGUGGACGAUGAUGAGAAUCAUGCCCAGAACGUGGAGGUUACCAGGAAACAAACUGGAAUCGACUUGGAUCAGAGGAUUGAGCAGGACAUGAAUGAGAUGAUAGAAGACGAAGACGAAGACAAGGAACCACACGAAAAGCAAACUGCAAUCCCGUUGAAUAUAAAUGAGGAGGAGGAACAGCCACCGGUGGAGGAUGAUGCGGAGGAGGAACAGGAGCAGUGUUCUCUGUCCGAGGAGGAGAAUUCCACCCAGAAUCCCACAACUAGCAGUACUUCGGUUAUGCCUCAAAACAUUUUAAAUAUAAUUAAUCAAUUGCAGCCAUCAUUAGGUAUAAAAUUGAUAAAAAGGCCUGUGGAGAUUGAAACCAUAACUGAGAUUAACCUAGCUCUGGGUGAAAAUCAGCCAACAAAAGAGCAGACUGAAGAUUUGACCAAGAGACAGAUGACGCCAAAGGAGGAAGACAAGAAUAUUAAACUAAGAAGUAAAAUUCGGGAGGUAAUCAAUAAUCCAAAGGUUCCCGAGCAAUCCCAAAAAAAAAUUGUCCAAAUUAAGUAUGUGGAUAUGCCAAAGAACGAGGUUGGGAAACGUGAGAUGCAAAAGAAGGAAUUAGUUCGGACUGAAAAGCAAACUCCCAAGGAGCAGGCCAAGAAACGAAAGCUAUCUGAAGAGACACACAUGACAAAAAAUGUCACAAGAACUGGGAAUGAUUUGGAAGUUAAUCCGAACCAGCAUCGGCAGGAAAUAAUCAGAAGUAAAAGGAAGGUACCACAGAAACCCGCAGAUGCUAACCCCCACAACCCAAAUCCUAACCAAGAAAGGCAGCCUCACGAGCAGGUUUUGAAAACUGUAUCUCCAUGUUUCUCAAACCUGGACGAGAGUGUGGAAGUUAGUAGUGAAAGUGAGAAUGAAGCUGCACCAGUAAAAAAAUCCCCCUCCGAAGUUGAAAAGCUGAUUCAGGAUUACAACCAACUGAAAACCGAGUUUGACAAAAUGUCGGAGGAGAAUGCUAAACUAAAACGACUGCAGGCCGAACCGCCAAAAGCACCUCCUCCCAUUAAGCCCGCAACAAACUCCUUGACCAAACCCCAGCUUUAUAUUGCCAUAAAGAAGUACCUGGGACCCACGAUGGCCGCCCUACUUCGCAUGGAAAUGUUCGGGGGAUCCGAGGACCGCACCUGGAAGGAUGACGAGCGGGAAUUUGCCAUGGAGCUAGUGCAACUGGGCGAUGAGGUCUACAAGUACUGCUGCGACGAGUGGCGCUUCAGAUUGCCCUCGCUGCGAACUGCCCGCUCCUGGCUGGAGAAAAGACAAACAGAAGAUGUUGACGACUUUCUCGAUUUAUAACUGUUAUCUGCAGCUAGUGAUUUAAUUUAAUCAAUCAGGGAAUAAUAUUCUAGGUAACUUAAUUAAACUUACAUUUAUACUUUAUUUACAUUUAUUAUAGAAUAAUCCUUUAUUUGUUCGUAUCGGUUAAGACGUAAACAAAGCAAACCCAUUUUAAACUCAUUUAAAAAU